GUGAGCAGCCGGUCACGAAUGACAAGCUUCCAAAAGGCCUCCACUUCCAUCCCGAACCAAACCAAACCGACUAAUCUUGGCUUUUCCCAUCAUCAUCAUGUGUCGGCUGGAUUCAAGACGACCCGUCGAGGCUGACGCCGUCGCCCGCGCGCCGCCGAUAUCGAGAACGCCCAGAUGAAUCGUCUCUAGGGUUCUCCCAAUCCCGCUAGACCAGUAAAAUCGACGAUGGUCUCGUUCCCGUCGUGGAAGUACCCGUGGUCCCUCGUCGUAGCGAUCGGCUUGCUGUUGAUCCUGGCCUCCGCGAUCCACAUGUUCUUGUCGCCCAUCUUCCCGUCCUCCCUCGACUUCUUCGGCGCUCGACAGAAUUCCGCUUCCUGCGCGCCUUUCAAUGCGUCGUCGGAUCACGGACGGACCGAGCGCUGGGAUGAUGUUGAAUGGGGUGCUCGGUUUCCGGCCGACUCCCAUGGGGCGGUGACAUACCGCGGCGCGCCUUGGAAGGCCGAGAUCGGGAGGUGGCUCUCCGGUUGCGGUUCGGCCUUGGCCACGGUCCAAGUCGUAGAGAACAUAGGUGGCAAGAGUUGCCAAAACGAUUGUAGCGGCCGAGGUGUAUGCAAUAGGGAGCUGGGGGCAUGCAGGUGCUUUCAUGGAUACGAUGGUGAAGGAUGUACAAAGAAGUUGGAGCUGAACUGUAAUCUCCCAGUAUCUCCAGAACAACCAUUUGGUUCAUGGAUUGUUUCAAUAUGUCCUGCUUAUUGUGACACCACUCGCGCAAUGUGUUUCUGUGGACAAGGAACAAAAUAUCCAAAUCGUCCGGUGGCAGAGGCUUGUGGCUUUAAAAUAAACUUACCUUCCCAACCUGGUGGUCCUAAGGUUACUGAUUGGACGAAGGCUGAUUUUGAUAACAUUUUCACGACCAAUGGUACUAAACCUGGCUGGUGCAAUGUAGAUCCAGAAGAUGCAUAUGCUUCAAAAGUGAAAUUUAAAGAAGAAUGCGAUUGUAAAUAUGACUGUCUUGUGGGACAGUUUUGUGAGAUACCAACUGUGUGCAGUUGUCUCAAUCAGUGCUCUGGGCGUGGGCAUUGCCGUGGUGGUUUUUGUGAGUGUGACAGAGGUUAUUAUGGAAUCGAUUGCAGUGUUCCAUCUUCCAUAUCACCUAUUCAAGAAUGGCCAGAAUGGCUUCGACCAGCUACAGUUGAUUUACAUGAUAAGGCACCUACAAGUAGUGAUCUUCUGACCAUCAAAGCUGUAGUUAAAAAGAAAAGGCCACUCAUAUAUGUUUAUGAUCUGCCACCAGAGUUCAAUGCACACCUUCUUGAGGGACGGCAUUUCAAGUUUGAGUGUGUUAACAGAAUAUAUACUGAUAAGAAUAGAACUUUAUGGACUGAUCAGUUAUAUGGAUCACAGAUGGCACUCUAUGAGAGCAUUCUCGCUAGUCCUUAUCGAACAAUGAAUGGUGAAGAAGCCGAUUACUUUUAUGUUCCAGUUCUUGACUCCUGUAUAAUAACUCGAGCAGAUGAUGCGCCUCACUUACGCAUGAAGGAACAAAAGGGUUUAAGGAGUUAUUUUACUUUGGAGUUCUACAAGAGGGCUUAUGAUCAUAUCGUUGAGCACUAUCCUUACUGGAAUCGGUCCUCUGGAAAGGACCAUAUAUGGUUUUUUUCAUGGGAUGAAGGUGCUUGCUAUGCCCCAACACAAAUCUGGAAUAGCAUGAUGUUAGUUCACUGGGGGAAUACAAACUCAAAAUAUAAUCACUCAACGACAGCUUAUUGGGCUGACAACUGGGACCAAAUACCCUCCUUUAAAAGAGGCAACCAUCCUUGCUUUGACCCAGCGAAGGAUCUUGUCCUUCCUGCAUGGAAAAGGCCUCAACCACGUGCAAUAUGGGAAAAACUUUGGGCAAGACCACGGACAGAGCGUACUACUCUAUUCUACUUUGAUGGAAACUUAGGACCUGCCUAUGAAAACGGUCGACCUGAAGACACGUACAGUAUGGGCAUUAGGCAAAAACUGGCUGAGGAAUUUAGUUCUACACCUAACAAAGAGGGCAAGCUUGGGAGACAGCAUAUUGCUAAUGUAACAGUAACUUCUGUGCGCUCUUCCAAGUAUUAUGAUGAUCUGGCUAGCUCUAUUUUCUGUGGUGUCUUGCCUGGGGAUGGAUGGAGUGGACGAAUGGAAGAUAGUAUGCAGCAAGGAUGCAUUCCUGUAAUAAUUCAGGAUGGUAUCUACCUUCCGUAUGAGAAUGUCUUUAAUUACAAAAGUUUUGCAGUUCGAAUUCAAGAAGAUGAUAUUCCAAACUUGAUUAAAAUUCUACAGCAAUUUACUGAGACAGAAAUAGACUUUAUGUUGGCAAAUAUACAUCAAACCUGGCAGAGGUUCUUAUAUCGGGACUCAGUGUUGCUUGAGGCUCAGAGGCAAAAGAAUUUGUUUUCUGUGGAGGAUGACUGGGCAGUCGAGUUCUCAAAAUUGGAGGAAGAUGAUGCUUUCUCUACAUUUAUACAGGUAUUGCAUUAUAAAUUGCAUAAUGAUCCUUGGAGGCAAGAUUUAGCCCAGACCAGGAAGGAUUUUGGAUUGCCAAAUUUUUGCUUGAAAAGAACUCACUAAAGUAGUGAUAAAGAACAAUCCACGACAAUUUUUUGUUUCCAUGACCAAAAGAGCAGGAGGGAAAGGAAGCUGUAAUUGUAUUUUGCUCUCCUUGCCGCCAUAGUGAUGUACAAAAGAAAACUUGGGAAGAUGACGCUCCAAAUUCAUUGUCAUGUAUAUAGAAUAUAGAUAACUGUUUUCACUUCUAGCCCAUGUCAGUUCAUUCAAUAAAGGCAUGCUUUGUUUAAUUCCUUAAGGAGGUACAAACAAUCUUUUGUGUUAAAUUUGUCUUGCUUUGCAUGAACGUGAAGAUCUGGGCUGGUUCCAGUAGAUUGAUUUUGCUCC